AUGAAGGGCUGUACUGUUGAAGUAGACGCCACUUCAGGGGCCAGUCUCAAUGGGACCGUGGCUGGUGCUGGAGUCAAUGGACCCCCUUGGACUGAUGACUGCCUCAAAGAGGUCCUCUGCUUCAAAUGCACCCCACUGCCCUUGUGCUUACUGGGCUUCAGUGCUGAGGAUCUCAACCUCUCAGAUGCUGAGUCUUUAGAUACUUUCUGGUGCCUCUUCCUCAAUACCAAUAAAGAUGCCACACCAGUCACCAUGGGGACUGACAUCCUCUCUACACAGCAUUGGUACAAAGGUAGCAGCAAUGCUACAAGCUACCACCUUGAUCCACUUAACAUGCCUCAACUCUGGCUGAAGGGAUUACUUCUAGCGGAUGAUGACAGUGAAGAGUCCAGAAGUGGAGAAGAUGAUGCUAUGCUGCGUUCAGACAAGGGCUCAUGUUCUACCUGGGGUGCAGGGCAUUUCUCCACCUUUGAUAAUUAUUUGUAUGACUUCUCUGGGUCCUGCAACUACAUCUUCACCACCGUAUGCAAUGAUGUUAGCCCGGACUUCAACAUCCAGUUCCGCCGCGGGGUGAACAAAAAAAUUACAAGAAUCAUCAUGGAGUUGGGACCUGUCGUUGUCACAGUUGAAAAGAACAUCAUUGCACUCAAGAAUGUUGGUAUCAUCAAGUUGCCAUACACCAGCAAUGGAAUCCAAAUUGCUCCUUUUGGACGCACCGUCCGCCUGGUGACCAAGCUGAUGGAGAUGGAGCUGGAAGUCGUCUGGAACAACGACGACUAUCUCAUGGUUAUGGUUGAGAGAAAAUAUAUGAGGAAAACUUGUGGAAUGUGCGGGAAUUUUGAUGGACAGGAACUAAAUGAGUUUCUGAGUGAAGGUAGAUUGCUGGAUGCAUACCAAUUUGCCACUUUACAAAAAAUGGAUGACCCAUCAGAGAUCUGCCCAUCUGAGGAGAUGGCAAUUCCCAAUAUUCCUCGCAAAAAAUAUGCCAGGAUCUGCUCCCAGUUACUCAACCUUGUGUCUCCGGCUUGCAACGUGUCCAAGAAAGCGUUUGUCAUCCGUUGUCAGCUUGAUAUGCAGGACUGUAGUGAUCCAGGGCAAAGAAACUGUACUUGUGCUACACUGUCAGAGUACUCUAGGCAAUGUACCAUGUCCAAUCAAGCAGUGUCUGAUUGGAGGAGUGCAGACUUCUGCUCUGUAGGAAAAUGUUCAGCUGACCAAAUCUACAAGGAGUGUGGUUCUCCAUGUGUUAAAACCUGUUCCAACCCAGAGUACAGCUGUUCCAGUUACUGUACAUAUGGUUGCUUCUGCCCAGAAGGUACUGUUCUUGAUGACAUCUCAAAAAAUCGAACAUGUGUUCCCAUUGACCAGUGCCCGUGUACACUGAAUGGGGAGAGAUAUGAUCCUGGCGUUACCAUGAAAGCAACAUGCAGGAGCUGUAAAUGUACAAUGGGCCAGUGGAAUUGCAAUGAACUACCCUGCCCAGGAAGAUGUUCCCUGGAGGGAGGCUCCUUUGUCACCACGUUUGAUUCCAGGUCAUACAGGUUCCACGGAGUCUGCACAUACAUCCUCAUGAAGAGUCCCAGCCUUCCGUACAAUGGAACCCUGAUGGCUGUGUAUGAUAAGUCUGGUUACUCUCAUUCUGAAACAUCAUUAACUGCUAUAAUUUACCUUUCUACAAAGGACAAAAUUGUGAUUUCUCAGAAUGAACUUCUCACAGAUGAUGAACUCAGGUGGCUGCCUUUUAGAUCAGGUGACAUCACCGUUUUCAGACAGUCCUCCACCCACAUUCAAAUGUAUACCACCUUUGGGCUGGAACUAAUAGUUCAAACUUGGCCAGUGUUUCACGUCUAUAUAAAAGUUGGACCUCUCUUCAAAGGCAGAACCCUAGGGUUGUGUGGCAAUUACAAUGGAGACACUACAGAUGAUUUCAUGACCAGCAUGGAUAUUAUUGAAGGAACAGCAUCCCUGUUUGUGGACUCCUGGAGAUCAGGGAACUGCCACCCUGCUGCAGAGAGGGACACAGACCCUUGCUCUAUGAGUCAAUUGAACAAAAUGUCUGCAGAGACCCAUUGCUCCAUUCUUACUAAGAAGGGCACAGUGUUUGAGAAAUGCCAUUCUGUGGUGAAUCCUGCUCCUUUUUACAAGAGAUGCAUCUACCAAGCCUGUAACUAUGAGGAGACCUUUCCUUAUAUUUGUUCUGCUCUGGAAUCUUAUGCAAGAGUGUGUGCUUCAAUGGGGCUGAUCCUUGUAAACUGGAGGGACACUGUAGACAACUGCACCAUUUCCUGUACUGGCAAUCAGACAUUCAGCUACCACACUGAAGCCUGUGAUAGGACGUGCCUGUCACUUUCCGACCAAACCCUGGAAUGUUAUCCUACUGACAUCCCUAUUGAUGGCUGCAACUGUCCUAAAGGUACCUACUUGAACCACAGAAGUGAAUGUGUGCGUAAAUCCAUGUGUCCCUGCUACCUGGAAGAUAAGAGGUUCAUCCUGCCUGACCAGUCAACUAUAAUUGGUGGCAUUACCUGCUAUUGUGUUAAUGGAAAGAUGAGUUGCACUGGUAAACCUCAAGACCCUGCAGAAAACUGCAAGCCUCCCAGAAAAUAUGUGUCAUGUUCACAGAACUCAGAGAACAAAUAUGGAGCCUCCUGUUCCCCUACCUGUCAGAUGCUGGCCACUGGAAUUGAAUGUGUACCCACUAGGUGUGAAUCAGGCUGUGUCUGCACUGAUGGGCUAUAUGAGAAUCUAGAUGGAAUGUGUGUACCACCUGAUGAGUGUCCCUGUGAAUAUGGUGGCAUCUCUUAUAAAAAAGGGGAAGAAAUCCACACUGAAUGCAAAACCUGCACCUGUACAAGAGGCAAAUGGAAAUGUGUUCAGAAAUCUAAAUGCUCCUCAACAUGUACCCUCUAUGGAGAAGGACAUGUCACCACUUUUGAUGGACAGCGCUUUGUGUUUGAUGGCAACUGCGAAUACAUACUAGCUACGGAUGGUUGCGGUAUGAACAGCUCUCACUCCACCUUUAAAAUUGUGACUGAGAAUGUCAUCUGUGGGAAAUCAGGAGUCACCUGCUCCAGGUCCAUCAAGAUCCACCUUGGGAAUAUGACACUUAUACUGGCAGAGGAAACCUACUUUGUAUAUGGGGACAAUCCUCUGACACAAUUCCACGUGAAAAAGAAUGCCCUUCACCUGAUGUUCGAUAUCAUUAUCCCAGGAAAAUACAACAUGACUCUUAUCUGGAACAAGCACAUGAAUAUUUUCAUCAAGAUCUUCAGAGAAGCACAGGAUCACCUCUGCGGUUUGUGUGGGAAUUACAACGGGAACAUGAGAGAUGACUUUGAAACUCGAAGCAAAUACGUGGCAGCAAAUGAACUGGAGUUUGUAAAUUCUUGGAAGGAAAAUCCCAUGUGUGGGGAUGUGUUCUUUGUAGUUGAUCCCUGUAGCAAGAACCCUUAUCGUAAAGCUUGGGCAGAGAGGAAGUGUUCCAUCAUCAACAGCCAGGUCUUUGCUCCAUGUCACAGUAAGGUAUACCGCAUGCCUUAUUAUGAUGCCUGUGUCCGAGACUCCUGUGGGUGUGACUCCGGAGGAGACUGUGAAUGCAUGUGUGAUGCCAUUGCAGUGUAUGCCAAGGCAUGCUUAGAUGUAGGUGUCUGCAUUGACUGGAGAGCCCCAGAGUUCUGUCCUGUCUAUUGUGACUACUUCAACACACACCGAAAGUCAGGCAGUGAGAGCACCUACAGCUACAAUUAUUGGGAUGAACAAAAUUGCACCUGGCAUUACCGACCUUGUAAUUGCCCACAACAAAAGUACAAAUAUGUCAACAUUGAAGGCUGUUACAACUGCUCACACAAUGAAUACUUUGAUCACGAGGAGGGACAGUGCAAGCCCUGUAUAACGACAACAAUACAAACUAAAACACCAAGAAGCACUACUACAGUUGAAACACCAACUACUACCGUACCACCAACAGCCACUACAUCUACAGAGUCCACCAUGCACACUAUUUUAAGCACUACACCAACCACCCUAUUUACUACAAAAGUAACCAUAAAACCAACACCUAUCACAAUCAAAUCUACUACUCACUCCAUACCAGUAACCACCAUUACAAAAAAGACAACACUGUCAACUACCCCAAUCAUAACAGUAACUGAGAUUACUUCACCAAUAACCACCACCAAAACAACCAUAUCUCCAACCUCAGAAACACCAAUCACCCCUACAGUCACAGUCAUCUCAACAACUGGAACCAAUCGGAUAAUCCUGAAGGCCCAGAGGGGACAGGUUCAAUGGUCACUUCUAGCUGCAAUGGUUCAGCAACAGGAGCCACCAAUGGGACUGGCGAUCUUGCUGUGGAGCAGGUCAACAAAUGAGACCUCAAAGACCAACGAGCAUCCCAAGGAGGCCACUGGGCAAAUGAAUAUGGCAUUGGUGACCAGUGGGCACUGGGCCAAGAGCCCUGUCUUGACUGCGAGAACAAUGCCAAUCUUGUUACCCAUGGUGAUCCAAAGAUGGUCUCUGAUGCCUAUUGGGUGA